AUGGAGACGCACUGCCCCGAGCUCCUGCCUGAGAUCAUCCGUCUGAUAGUCUCGACAGCAAUUGCCAGCGAUAUUGAUGGUCGUAUUGUCUCUAAAGCGGCAGUAAAGAGUCAGACUCCUAAUACUGUGACAUCUCUGCUCGCUGCCUCGUACCGGCUGCGCCAGGCCACUCUGGAUUUCUUGUCGGAGGCAUUCAAUCUUCCUUUGUCCAGAGAAGGCAUCUGGCAAACCUCCUCUAGACUGGAACAGAUGCCAUGGACAAAAAUUGACCUUGUACGACAGGCGUAUGCGUGGACUAUUCAAUCUGAUUCCCGGCAGCUGGACAGCAUGAUGGCCACCUUAAAAGACACGCUGCCGCCUGUAUUGAAAGUGUAUAUGAACAUGCGCGCCAUUGACAUACUGAUUGACCUGUCACCGUUUUCCAAUGCAACCUCGCCCAUUAAUGCUAAAGAUUUUUGCGCGUUAAUAGAACGCGGCGAUGUGAUUGUGCGGCUGAUACAACUGGUGAAGACUCAGUAUGAAAACUGCUCACCUGUAUUCUUGGAUAUACUACUUCUGCGUCUGAACACGUGCCUUGGCCAAGGCGAUAUCUGCGUAGCCUACAAUGUGGCAUUUAGGUCGAUAGCAUGUUGCUGGAGUGGAUUAAAGCUCGACGCUUAUGAUGCCAAUGGUGCUGUUGCGGAUCUUCUCUUGAAUGCAAUCAUGCAAAAAUUGGGUGGAAUGCUCCACCAGAUACUACAGGAAUAUGAUUUGAUGCUGCAGAAUUGGCCUUACACGCACCCUCUGGAUGUUAUGAUUGGAGUAGAACGGUCGCUGUUGACACGUGCCUCGCAGUUCAAAUCCUGGUGUACGCUGCUCGACAACAUCAUCGAUUGGAAAGGUCCUGAAGACAAGCUUCCAGAACUGCAAACGAUGGCAAAAAGCUUGCGGGAUCUUCUUCAUUCCCAAAUUGAGCACCUCCGGCACAAUAGAAGUGCGGAAGCUACAUAG